AUGAAAGCAGCAGCCAAAGCUGGAAAGCUGGCUGGAGUACCAGCCGACCUCCGGAAAGCCAGGGUCCAGGGAGAUGCAGGUCCCAGUGCCCCAGUGGCGGCCCCACUGUUGAAAGAGAUUCCAGAGGUCUUAGUGGACAAAUGCAGCAGGCGCCUUUAUGUAAGGGGACGCUUUCUGAGUAAAGCAGGCGUUGUCAAAUGCUUUGAGAUCUCAGACCAAAACACAAAGGAGGUGUUCGCAGCCAAGAUCGUGCCUAAGUCUUUGCUCACACCCUCCCAGAAGAAGAAGCUGUCCAAAGAGAUUUCCAUUCACCGCAGCCUCUCACAUCAACACGUCGUCGGCUUCCACAGCGUUUUCGAAGACAGUGAAUUUGUGUUUGUGAUUUUGGAGCUUUGUCGGGAGAGGUCCCUCCUGGAGCUGCACAAGAGGAGGAAAGGCCUGACCCAGCUGGAGGCGCGCUACUACCUAAGGCAGAUAAUCCUGGGCUGCCAGUACCUGCACCACAAUCAGGUCAUUCACGGGAACCUUAGGUUGAGCAACGUCUUCCUGAACGAGGAUAUGGAGGUGAAAAUAGGGGGUUUCGGGCUGGCAACCAAAGUGGAAUAUGAAGAGGAACAAAUGAAGACCUUUUGUAGCCCACAGAACUUCGUAGCUCCCGAAGCGGUGAGACUGGGAAGUUUUGAGGAGGAUGUAUGGUCCAUCGGGUGCAUCAUGUACACCUUGCUAGUGGGCAAGCCACCUUUUGAGACCUCAUUCGAAAAAGAAACCUAUCUCCGGAUGAAAUCAAAUGAAUACAGUGUUCCCAAGGUGACAGCAACACAAUUUUAUUUUGUUUUACCCAAAAGCUAUUCACUGAGCCCAGCUAUAUCCUGAGGACAGAGCCUUGCCUCUAAUAUAGCCACAGAGAAUGUAUGUCUGAAGGCUGGCCUUGAACUCGCUUCAUGUUGAGUUUGAAUGUCAGAUUCUCCUGCCUCUACCUCCCAAAAGUUGAGAUUAUAGGCAUGCAGCACCAGGCUGGCUUUAUGGGGUAUACUGGGAACUGAACUGGGUUUUGUGCUUAUAGGCAACCACUCUGCCAACUGAGUCACAUGCCCAGCUUCCUGAAUGGAUGUAAAGUGCAGGGAGAAAAUGGGGGAGAAGAGGCAGACAUGCUUAAGCUUGGGACUUGGACCAUCUCCACCCAGCUGAGCUGUGUUUAGUAGAUGAUGGCUUGACUCUUGUGAACCAGGCUUCCCAUCUACAACAUGGAAGUUUCCCCAAGGGCUUCCAGUGACAAAAUGACAUCUUUUUUUCACAACCAAUGGCAUACAUCCGUUUGAAGGGAUAACCCAUUUCUGGGGACUAGGUCUACCUGGGACAUAUGGCCACUUUCAAACUGGUGUCCUUGACUUGUAUAUAGAGUAGCUAUGUCACAGAGAAUCAGCUCACUGCAGAUGGCAUGGACUGGCGUUAGCCAGCUGGACUGCUGUGGUAUAAGUCCUGGCUUUAUCACCUAGGCUGUGUGUAUUCUCAGACAGGGGCACUUUCUCAGUUCUGAGCCUGCUUCUUCAUCUAGAGUGAGGCAUAGUAGUGGAGUGAGUAGUCUUCACUUUUGUGAGGCUGAGGCAGGGGAAUCUCAAGUUCCAGGCUAGCCUGAGCUACAUAGUGAAAUCCUGUCUCAAACUAUAUAGGGGGAGGGAGUCUUUUAGGAGUUUUUGUGAGGCCCAAAUGAGUUAAUAUCCAAGACUGUAUUCCUGAUACAUAAGAAGCCUAGAGUUAAUGCUCUGACUGACAGGCCUGUUCUAGGGUUUAUCCCAUAUACCAGGUGUCCCACAUGGUUGUGCUCCCCCAUUCUACAGAUACGCCUUGGUGGGCCCAGAAAGCCCACGCUAUUUGUCAGAGCUGGAAUCAUGGGGGUGGAACUGGGAUUUAAACACAGGUCUGGGGACCUGGAGGCCCCUCUGGUGGUAAAUAACUAAAUGUGCUUUGCAAGGGCAAGCUGCGGA